AGGGGCUAUUUUCUCCACGUGGCCAUCAUCUCCUCCCUCCUCCGCUCCUCGCACCGCCGAUCGAUUUGGAAACGAAACCCCUCCUCCUCCUCCACCUACCUCUCCAGCCAGAUCCGCCUCCUCCUCCUCCCCUGCGCCCUGCCCAGAUCUCACACUCCACCCAGCACACCGUCUCGCAAGCGGCGCGGGAGGCGGGACCCGCCCAGAUCCACCGCCUCGCCGGAGCCGUAGACCGAGGAGCGGCGGCGGGGGGAUGGCCAUGGGGAAGGAGGGCGGCGGCGGCGGCGGCGAGGGGGGCAUGUCGGAGUCGGUGAUCCGGAAGGUGCUGGUGUCGUACAUGUACGUGGCGGUGUGGAUCUUCCUCUCCUUCACGGUCAUCGUCUACAACAAGUACAUCCUCGACCCCAAGAUGUACAACUGGCCCUUCCCCAUCUCGCUCACCAUGGUGCACAUGGCGUUCUGCUCGUCGCUCGCCGUCGCGCUCGUCCGGCUCUUCCGCGUCGUGGACCUCCCGUCGUCCCCCGCCAUGACGCCGCAGCUCUACACCUCCUCCGUGCUCCCCAUCGGCGCGCUCUACUCGCUCUCCCUCUGGUUCUCCAACUCCGCGUACAUCUACCUCUCCGUCUCCUUCAUCCAGAUGCUCAAGGCGCUCAUGCCUGUCGCCGUCUACUCCAUCGGCGUCCUCUUCAAGAAGGAGAACUUCAAGUCCUCCUCCAUGCUCAACAUGCUCUCCAUCUCCUUCGGCGUCGCCAUCGCCGCCUACGGCGAGGCCCGCUUUGACGCCCGCGGCGUUGCGCUCCAGCUCGCCGCCGUCGCCUUCGAGGCCACGCGCCUCGUGCUCAUCCAGAUCCUCCUCACCUCCAAGGGGAUCUCGCUCAACCCCAUCACUUCGCUCUACUACGUCGCGCCAUGCUGCCUCGCCUUCCUCCUCGUGCCCUGGGCUUUCGUCGAGCUGCCCAGGCUGCGCGCCGUCGGCACAUUCCAGCCAGACUUCUUCAUCUUCGGGACUAACUCCCUCUGCGCCUUCGCGCUCAACCUGGCAGUCUUCUUGCUCGUCGGCAAGACGUCCGCGCUCACCAUGAACGUCGCCGGUGUUGUCAAGGAUUGGCUGCUCAUCGCCUUCUCGUGGUCCGUGAUCCGGGACACGGUCACCCCGAUCAACCUGUUCGGGUACGGGAUUGCGUUCCUCGGUGUAGGAUACUACAACCACGUCAAGCUGCAGGCGCUCAAGGCCAAGGAGGCACAGAAGAAGGCGGCCCAGGCCGACGAGGAGGCCGGCUCACUGCUGCAGGAGCGUGACUCGCACGGCGACCGCAAGAGUGACAACCAGGCCUAAAGUGUGGGAUCUGGUCCAGCAGCACACGCAAUCCGGUCGGUUUCUAAUGAAUUCAUCAAUGUGUGAUCCUCUACUAGUUUGAUGCAAAAUCUGUUCAUUUCUUGUCUUAAUUUGUGAUAGUACGGCAAAUAAAUACAGGAAAGAUGCGAUCUUUGUGUCGGACAUAUGAAAAUACGAGUAAAUUUUUGCCACUUGUAGUUACUUUGACGGUAUAUGAAAUUGUCUACAUUGUCCUCCAGUAAUAUUAGCUCUGUACCAUGGAGUACAUCCAUUUUCAUCCAGUACGAAAAUGUAGUAAAUCAGUUUUAUAAGAUUGGCCAAUGGAUGGAUUGUGUUUCAGCUGCUACGAGCUUCAUAUAUUGU